GGAGAGGGACGAAACAAAACACGCUCGAUUUUCUUAUCAGCCGGUGUGCGCACACGUACAAAGGAGUAGAAAUAUGAACGUGCAUUCGGUUACUUGUCAUGUAGCACCCGCAUAGUGGGUGUUAAUUGUCUGCCGAACAUGGCAGUGGUCCAAAAUUAAGUGAAGUGUGUGGAAUUUUCGCAGGUGAAAACUCAUACGUUAUUUUAAUUACGUUUUAAAUAAUUCCACACCCAAUCCACCGCGCUCACCCGGACUUCAACAUGGCUGCGUUGUGCACUGAUAGUGAUUUCAAAGAGAAAUUGAUUCGGAACGUGAAGAAAGAGGUAAAACAAAUAAUGGAAGAAGCAGUGACCCGGAAAUUUGUCCACGAAGAAAGCAGUUCCAUUACUUCUUUAUGCGGUGCUGUGGAGGCCUGCCUGUCGCAGGGGCUGAAGAGAAGAGCACUCGGGUUGUUUAAGACCAGCUCCACCACAGCGCUACUGCAUAAGGUAGCGAAGAUUUUCGAGCCGGCGGCCAUCAUCUCCAGGAAAAUCCAGGAGAUAGAAAACUCCGAUCCUAACAGGAGAUCCUCAUCAAGUGGCGACAGCACAAACCGCCCACCAGUGACUGGGAAGCCACCACUGCAGAAGAAGAACUCUGCUGGUGGUGUCAUGACCCCUGCUGGGCCGCCAAGCCCUCGUUACUUGUGGAUACGUCUAGCACUAUUUGAAAAGCAGCUAGCCAUCAUCAUUGACUACCUUGUACAGAACAGCAGUAAAUACUAUGAAAAAGAUUCCCUAGUUGCAGAUUCUGAUUUUGGCUCCAUUCUUAGUUCUCUGCUUGUUGGCCCUUGUGCAUUGGAUUACUCCAAAACAAAAACACAAGACCAUUUCUGGACAGAUCCACCUGCAGAUGAGUUAGUACAAAGGCAUCGUAUCUCCAGUGGCCAUGCCACUCCGCCCUCCUGCCGGAGACCUGCCCUCAAUUUCCGACGCAGUUUGCAUGCUGUCAGCUCAGAAGAGGGUAAUCGCCACAUCCCCCUUUCAGCUAAAGACUAUGUGGAGUCCCUCCAUCAGAACAGUCGUGCCACGCUGCUAUAUGGGAAAAACAAUGUUCUUGUGCUGCCUAAAGACAUGACAGAACCCAUGCCUGGUUAUUUAUCACUUCACCAGACAGCACACUUGCUGACUAUUAAGUGGACACCGAACCAACUCAUGAAUGGCUAUUCAGAGACUGAAAUACAAGACAAAAGACGAGGCAGUUUACCAGGGAUACAAGCUGCUAGGAAGUGCCCCCUGUAUCGACGUUCUUCCACUCAGACUCAGCUUGUCUUAUAUUGGGACUAUGCCAUGAACGUGCAAGUCGAUGAAAUAGUGUAUGUUCACUGUCACCAGCAAGCUGACAGUGGUGGUACUAUAGUGUUGGUGGGGCAGGAUGGAGUUCAGCGUCCUCCAAUCCACUUUCCAAAGGGUGGGCAUCUGCUUGCAUUUCUAUCAUGUCUUGAGAAUGGUCUGCUCCCACAUGGACAGCUUGACCCACCACUGUGGUCACAGAGAGGAAAAGGAAAAGUGUUUCCAAAGCUUCGAAGAAAAGGACGCACUCUUACAUCAUUAAAAAAUGGGGAAGAUGCAGAGGAUGAGACAACUGAUUAUGUAUUCCGAAUUGUCAGCAAAGUACGCCAUGAGGACUUCUUGACAGGCCAAGACUUGAUGUAUCCUAGUCCACUGACCAGUAGUGUUCAACAACUUCAAUCCAAAGUUCGAGCACAGCUCAUCUCAACUUCCACAGCCAGUUCCACAUCAUCAUCCAAAUCUCUGAGUCUGGAUCCAGGAAGUGGUGCAGAAAUGCCUGAGAGUCCAAGACAAGGUGCACUGUCAAGUGGUCAAAAUCCAAAAUUAACCACAGGUGAUUCAAUACAACUGGUAUGUGAAACCAUGAAGCGUCAGAUAAUCUCACGAGCAUUUUAUGGAUGGCUAGCAUAUUGCCGCCACUUAACAACAGUACGAACACAUCUCUCAGGAUUAGUGAAUCAGAGAAUUGUGACUCAGGAUGACCCUUGCGAUGCUUCUGAAGGACUUACACGUGAAAAGUGGGACAAAAUGAAUGUUGAUGGCAUAAUUACUGACAAGGCUGAAGUAUUUCGUCUCACUUAUUAUGGUGGCAUAUGUCAUGAACUCAGGAAACAGUUGUGGCCAUAUCUACUAGGACACUACCAGUUUGGGAGCUCACCAGAGGGCAGGCAAGAAUUGGACCUUGCAACACAACAGAGCUAUGAAACUACAAUGUCAGAGUGGCUGGCUGUGGAAGCUAUUGUGAGGCAAAGGGACAAAGAGACGAUGGCAGCCAACCUUGCUAAGCUGUCCUCAGAGAGCACAAGCGGAGAUGUUCCACCACCCACCCCUGCCAUGGCACAGGAACUGAGUAAUGAUGUAUUUGAAGACAACUUGAGUCUGCUUUCUGACGAGAAUGAUUCUGUGGAUGAAGAAGAAACUACAAAUCAUAAUGGCAAGACUGAAUAUGGUGAUCAAGAAGAAGAGUACUUUGUUCGUUGUCCUCCCAAUUCUUUAGAAAACAACCAAACAGAUGUUGAGGAACAGCAAUUCCCUGCAGAAUGUAGUAGUAGUCCAAGUGACUGUGGAAAAAAUGGUCAUCCAAACAGCAAGUCUUCUGCAGAAAAACAAAAUGGAAUUCAUAUGAAGUUAAAUGGGACUUGUGAUGACAGAAUCAGAAAAGGAGAACAAAUCCUCAAUGGAAUUGUUGAAGAAGAUGAAACAACUACCAUUCCAUGCUCACAAAGUUCAAAAGAGAACCACAGUCCAGACAAACAUUUCAGUAACACUCUUGCUGAGAGUGUUAGCAAGUUGGUCAAUGGUUACACUUCACAAAUACUAGAGGAAAAUUACCAGGAAAUUAAGUCAUCAUCUCCAGAUGAAGGGGUGGUUGAAGAUGAAGAUGUAGAAACAAAAAUCAAUAACGGCCAUGCUGGAAACAAGCAAUCAGUACAAAAGAAAACACAGAAAAGCAGGUCAUCACACAAAGGUCAGGCACCAUCAGCUGCAGUAAUUGUAACUACGAACCCAUCGGUAGACAGUGGUAACCAGUCUGACCCAUAUGUUGAACAAUCAUGUGAUAGGGUGUUGACACCACAUGACGAGGAGAAGGAAGGACUAGACACCCUUGCAGUCACAGAAGAGACUGCUGAGGGAAAUAGUCAGGGCUGUCGCUCAACAUGUAUCUCCCCAGCAAGCUCACAGGGUGGAGUGUACUCGAUGGAGCUGCUUGAAAUAUUUGGCUUGAACCUUCAUCGCAUAGAUAAGGAUGUCCAGCGUUGUGAUCGCAAUUAUUGGUACUUCACAACUGAGAAUCUUGACAAAUUGCGCAAUGUCAUGUGCACGUAUGUCUGGGAACACCUAGAUGUGGGCUAUAUGCAAGGAAUGUGUGACUUGGUUGCACCACUUCUUGUUAUAUUUGAUGAUGAGGGUACAACUUACUCAUGUUUUUGCCAUCUCAUGGAGAGAAUGGGUUCCAAUUUUCCUAAUGGUGGAACGAUGGAUAUUCAUUUUGCUAAUAUGAGGUCUCUGAUUCAAAUCCUGGACUCAGAAAUGUUUGAACUUAUGCAUCAGAAUGGUGAUUACACACAUUUCUACUUUUGUUACCGUUGGUUCUUACUGGACUUCAAACGUGAGUUGCUGUAUGAAGAUGUGUUCAGUAUGUGGGAGACAAUAUGGGCAGCCAAGCAUAUGGCUUCAAGCCACUUUGUCCUCUUCAUUGCCCUGGCACUGGUUGAGUCUUACAGAGACAUUAUUCUCAACAACAGCAUGGACUUCACUGAUAUAAUCAAAUUCUUCAACGAGAUGGCUGAAAGGCAUGAUGCAAAAGCAAUUCUGUCACUUGCCAGAGAACUGGUGCUACAGCUUCAGACUCUCAUCGAAAAUACAUAAAUCUUGUGGUGGUACUUUUUACUUAUAGCCAGAUGCUUGAGAGAUUAUCCCUAUUUUUGUGAAGGAAAGAUAAUAUUAUAAUUAUAAUAUUAAUAUAUUGUAUUGUUGAAAGUGAAUGUAUUAUAAAUACCUCUACAUACUGGUACAAAAUUAAGUAUCAAAUCAAUCACAGUAUUCAAGUGUUAAUGAAGUAAUCUGAGACUUUCACUGCUGAACUAACAUAAAUUCCGGCCCUAAUUUUAAUAGGGUUCUUAUUAUAUGUAAAUUAAUUAAUUGUUUGUGGUAAUAUAUUUUACAUCAUUUGCA